CUUCCUCCAGCUCCACUGGUGCCACCACACUUCAACCUGACAAAAGCUCGCGCCGGAUACUGAGGACUAUACUCCCGGAAUGGUACUCCUCUUCUCGUCACAACAACAAUACUAAAGUCCAUUGAACUAACAAAGGACGCGGCACUAUACGGCCACGAAAGAAGACCUCAAAGCGGCCUUUCGUGUUCUUCUACUUUUCUUUCACAAGGGGGAAUUCUUUGAGACAGUGCUCCUGGCUUUUUAUGGCCUACUGCGCACAGUUCCCACCGAUAUAUCCCCUUGAUCACUUCGGCAUCCUGUCGCUGAACAUCCACUAUUUCUGAUCAUACCAUUGCAAUAUUCUCUUUUUCAACAUCUGAACACCUGCACAAUGAACGCUCAGCCCAUCGCUACCGUCGUCACCAGCACCGAGGCCGCCUACGCUGGUGAAUCUCAGCAGCAGAACCAGAAACCUCGCUUCUCCCGCGCUGAGAAGCGCGAGUUCGCCCGGCAAAAGAAGGCCGCUGAGGCUCCCCAGCAGAGCAAGAAGCAUUCUCGUGCCGCCUCUCAGAAGGUCUCCCACAAGAAGCACGGAGAUGCCGGAGUCCCCGGCUUCAACGACCAGCAAAUCGACGAGAUGAUCGUUCGUCUGCUCAGCAUUCGCGGCAAAGGCAAGGAUGCGAAGGCUCUCGAGACCCGCAUCACGCGCGAUGCCCCAAAGAACGAGAAGAAGAAGGAAAAGGAGCUCUCUCCUAAGAAGCUUGAGAAGCUUCAGAAAAGACGGGAGAUCCGCGCCGAGCGCAAGAAGGCCUGGCUUGCGAAGAAGGAGGCCGAGAAGGCUGGAGGUGCUGAGGGUGCGCCUGCUCCGGCUCCGUUCCCAACGCUCGUACAGCAGCAGCCGCUCCCAUACUCCGACGAGAUCAACUUUGACGAGUUGUAGUCCUAGUUGACUGGCGUCCAAGUUCGUUUGCUUUUCCACCCCAAUGAUUCAUGCUUUCCACACCCUCAAUCCCCAAAGCGCACAAUGUUUGUUCCGUAUUUCCAGUUCCGUCUCUCCUUCCGUCAAAUCCAAGCUCACGGUGUUUGUUCUUCAUUCUCUGUGCACUCACAAACCAUCGGCGCUAUGUAAGAGUAGUCAUAUAUUCUAAUUCCAU